AUGAGGAGAGGAAAAGUUAAAAUCGCAUUCAUUCAGAAUGACAUUGCAAGAAAGACGGCCUUAACAAAUAGGGCAAAUGCUAUCUCGAAAAAGUCAAGUGAACUCGAAAUUCUUUGUGGGGUAAGUAUUGUGUAUGCUUUUUUUAACAUCAAUGAUGCUGAGCCAUCUGAAGCGUUUCCAUCCCUUAAUGCUGUGAAGGAUUUUAUGUCUCAUGUAAUGAACUUGUCUCUUCUUGAACGUACCCAAAAGGCAACAACUCAAGAUGUCUAUCUUUUUGAAAGGAUCACUAAAGAAUCAUCCGAAUUACAAAAUUUGAGAGAGAAGAACAAUCAUUCUGAAGGUCUUGAAUUCUUAUGCAAAGUUUUCGAAGGAAGUAUUGAUUUUAAUCAAAUUGAAGAACGAAUUCUUAAUUGCAUGAAUCAAGUUAUACUUGAAAAGUUUCAAGAGAUCGAAAAUAGAAAACAAUCCCAAUACAUGAAUAAUCCGCCCAAUGAUAACGGCGACGACCCUAAUGAUGAUGCUCAACUCCAAGUUCUCGAUGAUCAUGGUAAUAUUGUUCCUCAUUUUCAUUCUCCACCCGACCAUUUUGUCAAUGUUAAUAGUAAUUUUGUUCCUUACCUUCCAUCAAAUCAUUUUAUAGAUGAUAUUGCUAACAUUGUACAUUAUCCAUCUCUACCCCAACCUACUAUUGACCAUUAUCCUCUUGAACCCCAACAUGGUAGAUCAAACUUGAACAACAUGGUUCACUUACCAUGGUUGAUGCAAUCAACAUUGAUGAAUCAGUAUGAAUCAUUGGAGGCUAGACCUAGUAAUUAUAGUGGAUCUUCUAGUGCUAUUCCUUCCAGAAGGGGUUGA